UCUCUCCACUGCCCCACCCCCCGGCGUUGGCCGUAGUCAUGACGUGGGCGCGGCACCGCUGGCUCAGCCCAGUCGACCGGUGUCAGCGUGCGGGGAGGGACGUGUCGCCAGCCGCCGCCGAUAGUCAGCCCUGCGUUCUCCACGGCUCCUUCACACAAUGAGUGAGGCAUAUGUCACCUUGGCCACCAACGAUGGCUAUGCUAUCGGUGCCCUGGUGCUGGGUCACUCCCUGCGCUCCAACAACACCACCAAGGACCUGUGUGUCAUGAUUACACCGUCUGUCAGCGUGGCCAUCAGGUCAAUGCUGGAAGGAGUGUUCUCCAAGGUGGUGGUGGUGGAUGUGCUGGACUCCGGAGACUCAGCCCACCUGUCCCUUAUGAAGCGACCAGAACUUGGAGUCACCUUCACUAAGCUGCACUGCUGGACACUCACUGAUUACAGCAAGUGUGUGUUUCUUGAUGCUGAUAUGCUGUGUGUUCAAAAUCCUGAUGAGCUCUUCUCCCACUCGGAGCUGACUGCAGUGUGUGACAUUGGCUGGCCAGAUUGCUUUAACUCUGGCAUGUUUGUGUUUACGCCAUCCCAUGACACCUAUACACGCCUCCUUCAACAUGCAGAGACCAGUGGGAGCUUUGAUGGUGGAGAUCAAGGCCUUCUGAACACAUUCUUCACUAACUGGCAGCGUGUCUCAUUUGUGUUCAACAUGGUCGCUUCUGCAACAUAUACCUACCUACCAGCCUACAAGCAAUAUGGAGGGGAUGCCAAGCUGGUCCACUUCUUGGGGUCAAUGAAGCCUUGGCAGCAUAGGUAUGACAGGAACAGUGGCAGUGUGGACAUUCCCCAUGGCUACCAUCACCUUGCCCCCUACCUUAACUCCUGGUGGGCCCUCUACAUGAAACUUGUCCAGCCUGGAGUUCCUGAUAUGGAUCUACAAAAUGUCCAAGAUGGCAAGUCUCCCCUUGCAGAUGUACAGGAAGUGAAGGAAUGUUUACAAACUGUAGAUAAAGAGGAGCACAUUGAAAUGUGUGACUCCAUUCCAGUGUUUAUUGAAGAGGUAAAGGCUGAGCCCAGUGUUCAUAUCCCUGAAAGGUGUGACACUGGUCAAGUUUUCCUUGAGACUGUAGAGAAUGAACCCAUUGCUGAGAGUUACAAAGUUCCCCGUAGUGUGAUGGAAUUUCACGAACCUCUAUGUGAGAGUUUGCCAGUCCCCCCCAGUUUGGAUGUUGGUGAACAUGGUGAGAGUUUCAAAGGUCCCUACAGUGUGGAGUCUAACUGGUGUGUGUCAUUUGAAAUUACUGUUGGUAAAGAUAAUGGCAGGGAUGACACAGUGGAGAGUGAGGGCAAAGACAGGGAUGCCAGUAUGGCGAGUGGGGGCUCAGAGUUGACAACACCAGCUGAAAGUGAACUGCAGGAGGUUGCACACCAGUUGUCCGACUUGACAGUCCGUGAAGAGAGUUUAGAAGAAGGAAAGGCCAGGUGGGAGCGUGGGGAGCCAGACUACCUAGGUCGCGACUCCUUCGAAAACAUCAAGGCUUACAUCGACUCCAAGCUGGAGAAUGGGCAGUAAGAGGCUGAUGGCAGCCUGCUGGAACUCCAACAAUACUGUAGAAGUGACAGAGUGCAAGGAAGACAGUUUGGCAAUCAAAAUUGUGAAGGUCUUGUUCAAGGAUAUGUGCUACUGGAGGAUUUUUGAAAGGAUCCUACAUGUUGUGCUUUCAGUGAAUGAAUGAUCAGUGUGAAAGAGAAUGAGCAUCCUUGUGGGGUGCGGAUGUGGCCAUGUUGAAAUGUUUCCAUAUUCUAAUAAAAGUGGGAACUAGGCUGAUAUUAACAUGACAAUUAGUUUAGCCAGUUACCUCACCAGCUUUUCUUGUAAUGCUUUGAGCUUGUGUUGUCAGUCUUUGCUGUCAUUGUUCUUCUCAUAUAGUGCAGUGUUUUGAAAUACAGGGAAUCUCAUUUUUUUAUGUUGGAUUGGAUUUUUAUCUAGUCUAAUUAGUUGCUCAAUUUCAUUUAAUAAAUUAAUGCCCUCACCGAAAGCAAACUCAGUGCCUUUAUUAGAGGGAAGGUAACACGAAGGUUGUAGUAAAGUGUGGCUCCUGAGGUUGUCAUCCAAGGAUGAGCCAUCACAGCCAGCAGCACAUUAUAAAAUUACACAAAAAUUUUGUUCUGACAUUCCGCCUUAACUUAGAGGCUUUUCUCUCUCCAGGAAAUAUUGCCUGUUUAUUUAAUGUGCCAAAUUGAUUAGUCCAUGCCACUGGAAUAAACAAUGAGCAUAA